AUGGUUCAGCUCUCGCUCCUUUACGCUCUCUCCCUCGCCACUGGGGUGCUCGCCGCACCAAGUGAGCUUCAACCACGGCCGCAACCACAGCCACGCACUCCCGAGACGAAGGCAGCCAGUUCCCUCGAAGCACGGCAAGGCUACUACUUCCAAAAUUGGUCUGAGGGUGGAAGCAACAUCCGAUGCAUCAAUGGAGCUGGGGGCUCUUACACGGCCGACUGGAGUAGUAAAGGUGGAUUUGUGUGCGGGAAAGGAUGGAAUGGGGGUGGUGCGAGGACGAUUACCUACACUGGGACGUAUAAUGCCACGGGGCCGGGCUACCUCGCGGUGUACGGCUGGACUAGAAAUCCCUUGAUCGAGUAUUACAUUAUCGAAGCCCAUGCCGACCUGGCGCCAAAUGAGCCAUGGACUUCCAAAGGAAACUUCACAUUUGAGGAGGGCACAUAUGAAGUUUUCACGAGUACUCGAGUUCAGAAACCGUCCAUCGAAGGGACAAGGACAUUCGAGCAGUAUUGGUCUGUCCGCCAGGAGCAGCGCGUUGGAGGCACUGUUACUACUGGCAGGCAUUUUGAGGAAUGGGCUAAGCUCGGAAUGAGGUUGGGCAAUCAUGACUAUGUGGUUAUGGCUACGGAAGGUUACACUGCCACCGGGGGCCCUGGAAGCAGCGGCUCUGCGAGCAUCACUCUUCAGUAG